CCUUUUCUUCCAUCACAAAGUAGAGUGGAAUAUGAUUCAGAAGAGAGUCAGGAAAGUGGUGAAGAUGAUGAAGAUAUUGAUGGGGAUGUGUUUGCAUCAAAUUCACAUAAUCAAGAACAUUCUAAUUCAAAUUCAUACAGUUGGUCACUGAUGAGACUGGCAAUGGUUCAGCUGGUACUUCACAAUCUGAAGAUUUUCUACCCUUUGGCUGGACAUGAUCUUUCAGAGCUUCCAGUUAGCUCCCCAAUAUGCCAUGCAGUUUUGAAAACACUACAGCGCUGGGAACAAGUUCUUCUCCGACGUCUUGAGCUCUACGGCGGUCCACCUCAACAUUAUAUAUCCGUUCAUGCUUCUGAAGAUGCCCUAGCUGCUGGUCCUGCGUUGCUUCGCCACAAAACUUUACUUGAGCCUACAAACACUCCAUUCAGAUUUAACAGUCAUGCUGCGCUGUCUGUGAAGAGGCUCUGGCAGUACUUGGUUAAACAGGAAGAAGUCCAGGAAACCUUCAUCAGAAAUAUUUUUACAAAGAAGCGAUGCCUAAAUGAGUCAAUAGACGAGCACAAUGAAACCAUGAAAAAUUCUGUGGCGGAGGAGCCCAUCAUCAAUAAGAUAGAAACAGAUUUGGGAUACCCAGGAGGCAAGGCAAGAAUAAUCCAUAAAGAGUCUGACAUCAUUACUGCUUUUGCAGUCAACAAGGCAAAUCGGAACUGCAUUGCGAUAGCAUCGAGUCAUGACAUUCAAGAAUUGGAUGUUUCUGCGAUUUUAGCCACACAAAUCUACACCUGGGUUGAUGAUGAUGUGGAAUUAGAAAACAAAGGGGCUGAUGAUUUCUUAGUUAUACAUGCUCGUGAUGAUCUGGUAAAUGUUCAGGGAACCACUCCUUAUACUCAUAGUAAUCCCGGCACACCUAUCAAUAUGCCUUGGCUUGGUAGUACACAAACUGGCAGGGGUGCAUCUGUGGAAUAUUCCAAUAAAUUUAAUGGAAUCAGAAAGGAAUUGGCAAGAAAAGAGAUGCUCAAAAAGGCUAUUAACAACGUCAGAAGAAUGGCUUCUCAUCCAACAUUACCUUAUUACCUGACAGGUGCUCAGGAUGGUAGUGUAAGAAUGUUUGAAUGGGGUCACGCACAGCAAAUCACAUGUUUUCGCUCUGGCGGCAACUCCAGGGUAACUCGAAUGAGGUUCAAUUAUCAAGGAAAUAAGUUUGGAAUUGUCGAUGCUGAUGGAUAUAUAAGUUUAUAUCAAACAAAUUGGAAAUGUUGCCCACUUACUGGAACGUCACCUAAACCAUAUUUGACAUGGCAGUGUCAUAACAAACCAGCCAAUGACUUUGUUUUCAUCAGUUCAUCAUCUUUGAUAGCCACAGCAGGAUUGUCUUCCGACAACAGAAAUAUUUGUCUUUGGGAUACUUUGGUUUCACCUACAAAUAGCUUGGUGCAUGCUUUCAUCUGUCAUGAUAGUGGAGCAACUGUGCUGGCAUAUGCUCCGAAACAUCAGCUGUUAAUAUCGGGAGGCAGAAAAGGCUUCACCUGUAUCAUUGAUCUUCGCCAAAAACAGCAGCAACAGUUACUCCAGAGUCACGAUUCUCCAGUCAAGGCAGUUGCUGUUGAUCCUACAGAAGAGUAUUUUGUCACAGGAUCUGCUGAAGGCAACAUAAAGGUGUGGAGUCUGUCUACGUUCAGCCUUCUUCACACUUUCAUCAACGAGCACGCUCGACAGUCUCUCUUCCGAAACAUUGGGACAGGAGUCAUGCAAAUUGAGACAGGACCAGCAAAUCACAUAUUCUCCUGUGGUGCUGAUGGAACAGUCAAGAUGAGAAUUUUGCCCGAUAGAUUCAGCCCUUUAAAUGAUGUGUUAAGAAAUGAUGUGAAAUUUAUGAUCUAA